AUGAUAUCUACCUUUUUAUGUUACAGUGGAACUAGUGCUUCAGACACAUCAUAAAAUUGAGAAACAAAAUUAUUAGCCAAAUGCUCCAAAAAUAAUAGCAUGGCCAUUUUGGCUUCACAGCCUGUAAUAAGGCAUGCAAUUAUGUAAGAAACUGACAACUAAAGAUAAUUCCAAGCAAAUACCAUUCUGUAGGAUUUCUGGAGUUUUUUUUUCGGGUUUUCGUGAUGUGGGAUUCAGAGAGUGAAGCAGCUGGAGGGAGAGACUUUGUCACAGGAGAGCUUAACAACACUAAGCAUGGUGUUCAGAAUGAUGGAUUUGAACUAAGAGGCCAGUCUUGGUUUGUUUCAACAGAUGUUCCAACUGAUUUUCUAGUUCAAAUCGGAGAUAUUAGUUUCCACUUGCACAAGUAUCCUCUUCUUUCUAAGAGUGGGAAGCUUAACAGAAUUGUGUACGACUCACGAGAAGGAGAAUUAAACAAGAUAGCCUUGGAUGAUCUUCCAGGAGGGCCAGAGGCUUUUGAGUUGGCAGCAAAGUUCUGUUAUGGAAUUGCUGUUGAUCUAACAGCAACAAACAUAUCGGGGCUAAGAUGUGCGUCAGAAUAUCUUGAAAUGACAGAAGACUUAGAAGAGGGCAAUCUGAUUUUUAAAACAGAAGCGUUUUUAAGUUAUGUAGUGUUGUCAUCAUGGAGAGACUCGAUUCUUGUAUUGAAAAGCUGUGAGAAGCUAUCGCCUUGGGCUGAGAAUCUCCAAAUUGUACGAAGAUGCAGUGAGUCUAUUGCAUGGAAAGCUUGUGCCAAUCCAAAAGGAAUAAGAUGGCAGUAUACAGGGAAGCCUCCAAAGGUUCCUAGCCCGAAUUGGAAUGAAAUGAGGGAUUUAAGUCCAAGUAGAAACCAACAAGUUCCUGCUGAUUGGUGGUUUGAAGAUGUUUCAAUUCUUAGGAUUGAUCAUUUUGUGAGAGUCAUGACUGCAAUCAAAGUAAAGGGCAUGAGGUUUGAACUGAUUGGAGCUUCAUUAACACACUACGCAAUCAAAUGGCUCCCGGGGUUCUUAAAGGAGGGCAGUGGCUCUGAUGGUAGCCUUAGCAGCCACAGUGAUGUUAGUGCAGGUUGGAACGGUGGACUUCAUUUGAUUGUUGCAGGAACAAAAGAACAGCCACAAACAGUUAAGACUAAAGAUCAACAGAUGAUUAUCGAGAGCCUUAUAAGCAUAAUCCCCCCUCAGAAGGACAGUGUAUCUUGCAGUUUCCUUCUCCAUCUAUUGAGAAUGGCAAAUAUGGUGAAAGUGGCUCCUGCUUUGGUUACUGAGUUGGAGAAACGUGUCGGGAUGCAGUUCGAGCAGGCUACAUUGGAAGACCUUCUCAUACCUUCUUACAGUAAAAGUGAGACUAUGUAUGAUAUUGAUCUGGUUCAAAGACUUUUGGAGCAUUUCCUUGUUCAAGAACAGAUUGAAAGUUCUAGUCCGAGUAGGCAGUCGAUGUAUGAAGGAUCCCAGAGGAGUCAUAAUUCGAAUGCCAAGAUGAGAGUAGCAAGGCUAGUGGAUAGUUAUCUUACUGAAGUUUCAAGAGACAGAAAUCUUUCUUUGACAAAAUUUCAAGUGCUAGCAGAGGCUUUGCCUGAGACAGCAAGAAGUUGUGAUGAUGGACUGUAUCGAGCAAUUGACUCUUAUCUAAAGGCACAUCCAACACUGUCAGAGCACGAACGUAAACGCCUCUGUCGUGUGAUGGACUGUCAAAAGCUUUCCAUUGAUGCAUGCAUGCAUGCAGCUCAGAACGAACGACUCCCCUUACGUGUAGUAGUCCAAGUCCUCUUCUCCGAACAAGUGAAAAUCAGCAAUGCACUAGCCAACCAGUCAGUAAAAGACACUGGAGAAUCGCUGUACCAACCGAUGGUAUCAAACAGGAAGACAUUACUUGAAGGAACUCCACAGUCAUUUCAGGAAGGAUGGGCUACCGCGAAAAAGGACAUAAGUACUCUUAAGUUUGAACUCCAGACUGUGAGUGCCAAGUAUCUUCAGCUACAAAAUGACAUGGACAACUUACAAAGACAGUUUGACAAAUUGGUGAAGCCAAAACAAGGAUCAGCAUGGAGCAGUGGAUGGAAAAAACUGAGCAAGAUGACCAAAAUGAGUAAUCUAGAAAACAAUGAUUUGGGGUCUCAGAUAAAUGCAGAACAGACUAAAAAGACUAAUAGAAGGUGGAGGAACUCCAUUUCAUAGUUUCUUUUGAGGGAGAUUGAGUUUUCUACUCUGUUUUUCUUCAUUGCAUUUGCAAGUCAAAUAUUCAUAUGCUUAUGAGAUGUACUAGUAGAGUAGAAUAUGAUUUGGAUCCAAUGUGUUUGUAACUUUGAAAGGGUGAUUUCAGAAGUUGAUUUUUCCGCCAAUUAUUCA